UCUCUUCUUCAUGUUUUUCCUAUCGAGUAUCAAAGGCAAGCUUCAAUUUGACGGCAGUAGUGGUCUGAAGCGAGUGACGAAUGUAAACGGAUCUACAACUAAAAUAUCAUUCGGCAACUUUUUCGUUGAGAAGUUUCAUUGUCUUCAAGUAUCAGUUGCCUCAUCAAUUUUUGUUAGCAACUACAGAGAGUGUACUCUGAGCUGUGUCAACAGUCCACCAUGUUUGUCGUUCAACACCGGCUCGGCUGUUACUUUAGACGGAAAACUACGAUGUGAGUUGUUGAACGAGGAUAAAUACUCUGCAAAUCCAGGCCAGCUGGUCAGAUCACAAGCAUUUCAUCAUUACAGCAUCAAGACACCAUGUUCAAGCUUUCCGUGUCAAAACAGUGGAACUUGCGUUCCCGAUUACAGUCAGAACGACUUUUACUGUGAUUGUGUUCCUGGAUACAAAGGAAAAUUAUGUCACACAGCCGUUUUUUCUUCAUGCAAAGACGUGUACGAUGUUUACGGGUCAAAUGCAACCAGUAAUCAGUACACUCUAAUUAUCAACGGGAAGCCCACUACGGUUUACUGUCUCAUCGAUGAUCCAAACAGUUGUGGAGGUGGCGGUUGGACGACAGUCAUGAAGAUUAUAGGCGAAACGAACACCUUUUCUUUCUACUCGGCCUUCUGGACCGAUAAAAGUGAAUACAACCCGCGUGGGGGUGAGAGUGGAUUAGACUCUAUUGAAACCAAGUUACAGACUUAUUGGGCAACACCUUUCAGCAAGAUUUGUCUUGGUAUGCAGAUCAACGGAUAUAACAGAUUUCUGGUCAUCGAUAGACAGGCUGACUCUUUGUACUCACUCAUCGCUGACGGAGAAUUCCGCUCCACCUCUGUAGGUCGUGCAUCGUGGAUAGCUAUCAGUGGUAACUUGGCCCACUUGCAACCCUACUGUGGCAAGGAAGGCUUCAAUGUACUCAACGGUAAUGGUGAUUUCAGAAGGGCUAGAAUUGGUAUCCUUGGAAACGACGAAGACCAAUGCGAAAGUUGUGAAACCGUUGUUGGAUUCGGUUUGCAAGGGAGUGGUGGUGACCUUAUUUCGUGCGGCGGAAGCGGCAACCUAAAAAGCGUGUGUUACAUCUUUGUGCAGUGA